CAAUUCCAAAGCGUUUGACGACUUUGAUAAAAACAAAUGGUCAGCUGACUAUUUAACAAAAAUAAAAAUAUCUUAGGAAAAAAAUAUGACUGCUUCUAUACAUUCAGUGUUAGCAGCAGGAUGGAUUCCUUUUGUUAUUGUCAUUGUGCUUGUUCUGUUGUUUUCAAGUAUUUACAUCAAAUAUUACACAAGUAAGCAUGACAGUGAAUGGUCAACAACAAUAUGUGCUAUACUUGCAUUAAGUGUUACCUUGAUGACAACUGCAUUGAUCCCAGUUGAUGUUUUUCUUGUGUCGUUUAUGAAGAAUUCGGAUGGCACAUUUAGUGAAUGGGCUGUCAGUAAUGAGACGAGACAUUCAGUGGAGCAGUCAGUUCUGAUUGGCUAUUACACAAUGUAUGGUCUUAUAACAUUCUGCAUGUUUCUCCUGCUGCCAUUCAUGUACUUCUUCUAUGAGGAAAGGGAGGAUGAUGCCACAUGUAAAUCUAGAUGUUGUGGUGCUUUGAAGUACUCAAUUGUAUUUCUUAUAGUGAUAUUUGUUCUUCUCCUCAUUGGAGCUCUUGUUCAUACAAAGAAGGUACCAACAAAGAACCAGAAUGCUACAGAAUGGCAGAAGGUUGAAGCUUUGUUUGAUAUGGAGAGUAACUGGAUAGAGAACAGUUUGUCAUUGGUUAUCAGUAUACUCAGUCUCAUUGGAAUGUUGGCUCUCUUCACAUAUACUGCUUAUGGGAUGGCCAUUUUACCGAUAGAUCUGAUACGAGGAAAUAGAAAUGUGAGGCGAGAGAGGUUGGAAGUACAGAGUAGAAGAUCUGACAAUAGAGAUAGGAUUCAAGCCAUUAAAAACAAGUACUCUGGAGGUCGAAGCAUGUCAAGUCGGGAUGCUGCCAGGGUGUCAGAUCUUGAAGAGUCGGGGGCAUUAAUGGAGAGACAAGAGCGCCACCUAGAAGCAAGAGACACCUGUUGUCAGAAAUGUUGGCUUGUUUUACGACCAUUUGCUGUUGUGUUUGGUAUCUUGUUGAUAUUGGUGGCCAUCUUGGUCUUCCUUUCUCUACUUCUUACCAAUAUUGACAAGACAAUGAACAGUCUAGGCCCUAAAUUAGGGUAUGCCUUGCCUAAAUCAACAUUACCUAACCCUGUUGAUAUAGUGCUUGUCUUCUGUCAGAAGGCAUUCCCAUUGGACUACAUAUUGUUUGCAGCUCUUGUUUUGUACCUGGUGAUAAGUUCUAUGGCUGGUAUUCGGAACAUUGGAAUAUGGUUCUUCUGUCUGAGGAUGUACAAGAUACGACCCCGGCGUACCCGACCUCAGGGUAUUUUAAUGAUGUGUAUGAUACUGAUGUUUAUACAGCUUGGAAUUAACAUCAUUCUGUAUGAACUUACACCCCAAUACUCCUCUUAUGGCAGUCAACAUUUUCAGGAAUCUAACAGUACAAAGACAGAGAAAUGCAGUACAAACCAAGGAGAGGAAGAGUGUAUAAUCACCAGGAUGUCACUAUUACUAACAAGAUUUUUCUACAAGAUGUGGUUCUUUGGAGCAGCUUAUUACUGGUGUACCUGGGCCUUUCUCUUGUUUAUCUUGAUUGGUUUCCUGGUUGCUAUCUGUAAGAAGUCAAAGUCAUCUAUAGAUGGUGAGGUGGAGAGUGAUGACAUUGAUGAUAGUGAUGAAGAGCUGAUUCAAGGUUAAUUCUGGAGUUUACCGGCUGAUUCAAGGUUAAUUCUGGAGUAUAUUGGCUGAUUCAAGGUUAAUUCUGGAGUAUAUUGGCUGAUUCAAGAUUAAGACAAAAGUAUAUUGGCUGUGACUUGAACAAAUGGGACUGAUUCAAUGUUAAAUAAUUUAGAUUUGUGAACUGAUUUAAGGCAUAUGAAGUUUUUCAAGGUUAGAUUACUCAAACUAAUAUAUAAAAUAUAUAAAAAAAAACCCACAUGACAUCCAACGUUAAAUUACUAAAACAUACAAACUGAUUAUUUUUCAUAUAUAAGGCUAAAGCAAAUUAGCUGUUAUAUGUCUAAAGUAAGCAAGUAACUGUAAGAUACUAAAUAUUCAAACAUGCUUUUUCAGUGCAUAAGAUGAAUAAAACUGAUUUAUUUUUCUCUUAGGGAACAUAAUUUACUGUUAAACUUUUCGCUUUUUUGUACAUUUUGUGAUAAUUGCUGUUGACUGUUGUUUAUAACUCUAAAAUGUGUUUUAUAGUGCUAAUUAUGUAGGAUGUUCAUUAGAUGUUUACAUGUGUUGUGUAUACACAUAUGAAAUAUGUUUGUGUAAAUAUUGUAUAUGGCAUAGCCCUUACUUGUGUAUAAUUGCCUUUUAUGACAUGUUGUUUCAUUAUAUUUUAUUCAUUAUAAGUGCUGGCGAUAUAUAUUAUACUUUUUCUAUUGGUUUGAAUAUUUAUUGUGUUAUUUUUUGUUUAUUUGUACAUGUAUUUAUGAUUUGUUUUCCUGUAUGAUACUGAAUGUCUGUAUGACAAUUUUUGUUGCAAUUUACAAGACAAUACAUAUUGAUUAAUAAUACAGGGUGUUAAAGUGAAAAAUAUUUUGGACAUAUCCAAGAUUCCAGCUUAUGUUUUAAAAUAACAAAUUUUACUAAUUACUUAAUAUAAUAUAACAAUAUUUUGUUUCCAUCAAAAAUGGGGGUUUAUCUUCAACAGAACAUCCACAAUAUUAACUUUAAUUGAGCUGUGCCAUGUUUUUUAAAACUCAAUACUUUAAUUUAGCUUGUGCAUUAGGAAUAGGGCUCCAAAGGGGAAUUCAAUCAUAAAUUUUUUUUCAGCAGUUGAAUAUUAAUUAAUGUUAAACCAUUGGUGUAAGAUUGUUUUCAGACCUCAAAAGUGAAAACGAGAUAAAAUAUAUGUUUUAACAUUUCAUCAAUAACAAUAAUAUUUGAUGUUUACAUAGAUUUGGUGGGAAAAGUACUAUUUACUAUUGUCAAUAAGGGAAUUGAAAAAUAUUUCAGAAAGUGGAAUAAAAAGGUGUUCAUUUAAUGCCGCCCUUCCUUGUUGAUCUUGUUUUGCAUUUUUUAACAGGUUUCAUUUCCUUUUUGGUCACAGAAACUAGAUUUCAGUAGUUUUCAAAACCAUGAUUUACUAAUACUACUUGUUAGCAGAUACUUCUGUAUCAGUAUAAAUAUGUAUUAAUAAAUAGAGUAUGACUCGGGUAAUCAAUCUUAUUUUCAAAUCUCUCUAAUGCUUAAUUCCUAGCAUAUAACUAUAAUACGUUAGAUUAAGAUGUCAGUAUAGAACUAAUGUUGUAUGUAAAUAUACAAGUAGUUUGCAAAAGAACCAUUUUACAAGACUUGUUUUGGUUGUUGGAAAAGGUAGUGUAAUUUUACUAAUGCUUUGUGAUAUAUGUAAUAUCAUAUUUCUUUCUUUUUUACAUUAAAUUUUUAAAAUUAAUAA